AUGUCACCAGUCGUCCCUCUCGCGCCUGUGGCUCGGGACCAAAUGGAUCGCAAGAGACUCGGACGGGUCGGCGUAGAUGAUCCAUUGUCUAUAACGCCAUUACAACGGCUUCCGAAUGUCACUUCGCUGCAGACGGUCAGGAAUGCCAGUCAGGGUGCCGUUCUCUCCAUCCGUGACGUCGCCCGUGAUCUUCUUCCCAGCCUGGAGGAACAGAUCGUCGGACAGGGACGAGAGAUGAAGUCGUUGACCAAGCAAGUCAUCCUGCUCGGCGAGCACAAUCCCGAGCUCGCUGAUUGCAACUCGGCACUGGCAACGGAAAACGCAGAUUUGAUCAGGACGGUGGACAUGACGGGAGAAAAGCUCCAAACGGCUCAAGAGAAAAUCAAGGUGUUGGUGGAGACCACGUUUGAACUGAAGAAUCAAUUGGAGACGUCGGAGAAGAAACAACAAGCAGCUGAAUCCGAACUGCAAGCAGCUGAAUCCGAACUGCAAGGAUCAAAGGCUCAACUGGUGAUAUCCGACCGACGUGCCGAAACAUCCGCCGAAGAGCUCAAGUCGGUCCGAGAACGACUGGGAACCAAGAUGGAUGACCUGACGGCGAACCGUGUGGAGCUCAAGGAUCGGUUGAUUCUCCAAGAACAAGGUAACCUACGACACACACUCGACCUGUUGUUCUUCUGGACAACGGACAAUGACACGGACAUCUACGAUCUCGAGGUCAAGGUCGACCAUCUGGCCAUGACGCUCAAGACCAUCUCGGAGACGGGGCACGUUCGACAUCAGGUCAUGCCCCUGAUCGGGGUGUUUGAGCGUUGGAUCGAGCUCGAGCGUGAGCGAGAGGGACAGCCGGAUAGCACGUCCACCUCCACGUCCGGGGAAACUCUGCGCGUCCGGUUGGAGAAAAUGGUGAAUGAGGCGAGGGAUAAGACCCGUCUCCGUAUCCCGGUUGAAUUGAAAGAGUCGACGGACAGGUGGAAAUCGUCUGGGUUGUUGACGGAGAACAAGGUGGGCUCCAUGUUGAGAUACCUCGUAGACGGAGGAAUGAUGCCCUCCGAUCGCAAGUCUCUGCUGAGGGACCCAUUGCGUGAGUUCGUCAGGGGACUAGAGAGGGAUGGUUUGGCGUCGGGUUUAAACAGGGAUCGAAUGAAGGAGAUGAUGGAAGAUUUGGGAGAAGCCACGAGCUGGUUCUGA